AUGGGGAAUCAGAAGAGAGCGUUGCCCAAUAGAGACGAUGAUACAGCAAGAGCUGGAUUAAGAAAACGGACUUGGAUGACGGCCUUUGGCUCAGAAGCGCAGGUGAAGAACCGGAUAGCGACCCCGAAAAACGCCGACGAUAUAACCAGUCGCUUGAGAAACAAGACGAGGAUGUCGGUGCAAGCAGAGAAACGAUUAGCAGCGCCGAAAGAGAACGCCAGUUCGGCAACAGGCGGGUUUAAACGGCAGGUUAGGUCGCCAAGCAGUGGUGCAGAAGUGCGAACGGAAAAACGGGUGGUGGUACCGGAAGAAAUGGAUGAGUCAGUGAAAGCUGCCUUGAGGAAGCGAGUUCGGGUACCGAUUGUUGGUUCCAGAAUCAGCGCAGUGGUGCAAGCAGAAAAACAGGCAGCGGCGCUGAAGAGGGGCGAUAGUUCGGUGGCAGAUGACUGUAAAAAGCGAGUCAGAUCGCCGAGCACGCAAGUUGAGAAAAAGACGGGGAUGCCAAAAAAGAUCGGUGAGUCGACGACAAGUGCAUUAAGAAAGCGU